UAUACCAGAGCUGUUUCCAGGCAACGGCUAGGAUGCCUGUUGCAUUAUUGCGGGUAAACGCAGGAGGCCUAGGUUGGUGUUGUAAAAGUAACCAGUGUUGGGAGCGUUGGAGUCUGCUAGUAAUCUGCGUAAACAAGGGAACGAUCUAGCCGGCUGUGCUAGGUAUACAUGUGUUCGGUGUUGUUCUCCCGCUCAUAGAACCUGUGACUGGGAACUUCCGUUACGCAUUUGGUAUUGUGUUGUGACGUUUAUUGAGCUGAAGGUCUUGGUCGCCAUCUUCCCCGCUCCACCACACCCCGACUGAAGUAAACAUUUUGAUGGGAAAGGGUCGAUAUCGGCCCGGGGAACGGGAAAUCAGGCAAACUGGAACUCAUGGAAUUAGAGAAUAUUGUUGCAAACACUGUAUAUCUAAAAGCCAGAGAAGGUGGUGCAGAUAGUAACAAAGGAAAAAGUAAAAAAUGGAGGAAAAUUUUACAGUUCCCUCACAUAUCACAGUGUAUAGACUUGAAAAAUAAAAUAGAUGUAAAAUAUUCGUAUGUUGUGGAUCAGCAGCCAAUUGGCCGGUUGCUGUUUCGACAGUUCUGCGAAGAUGCAAAACCUGAUUAUCAUCGUUACAACAUCUUCCUUGAUUCCAUUGAGAGGUAUGAGAUCGAGUCAGACGAGAAUCGUUUGGAGGUAGCUCAAAAUAUUUACCGUACAUAUUUGGAUAGAGAGGCAAGCGAAGCAGUUGACAUUUUAAAUGCAGAGAUAAUUGAACAUUGUAAAGAGAAACUUGCUACUGGCAAUAAAGAACUGUUUCUUGAAUGUAUGGCAGCAGUGAAGACAUUUCUAGCUGGAGAGCCAUUUCACCUGUUUGAAAACUCCAUGUAUUUUCAUCGAUACCUGCAGUGGAAAUGGCUUGAAAGCCAACCUGUUACAUACAAGACUUUUCGAAUGUAUCGUGUGCUCGGUAAGGGAGGUUUUGGAGAGGUGUGUGCGUGCCAGGUUCGUGCCACAGGAAAAAUGUAUGCCUGCAAGAAACUGGAGAAGAAACGUAUAAAGAAAAGGAAAGGCGAGGCAAUGGUGCUUAUUGAAAAACAAAUACUUCAGAAAAUCAAUUCUAGAUUUGUGGUGAGCUUGGCAUAUGCAUAUGAAACAAAGGAUGCACUGUGCCUUGUACUUACCAUCAUGAAUGGAGGUGACCUCAAGUUUCACAUCUAUAACAUGGGAGGGGAACCUGGAUUUGAUAUUCACCGUUCUCGCUUCUACGCUGCUGAGGUGCUUUGUGGACUGGAGCACCUGCAUGUACAAGGCAUUGUGUAUCGAGACUGCAAGCCAGAGAACAUCCUUCUAGAUGAUCACGGCCACGUGCGAAUCUCGGACUUAGGAUUAGCAGUGGAGAUCCCCGAGGGUGAAAUGGUGCGAGGCAGGGUAGGAACAGUGGGCUACAUGGCUCCAGAAGUGAUAGACAAUGAAAAGUAUACAUUCAGCCCUGACUGGUUCAGCUUUGGUUGUUUGAUUUAUGAGAUGAUAGAAGGUCAAGCACCUUUUCGCGCAAGAAAAGAGAAGGUGAAACGGGAAGAAGUCGAUCGGCGGGUAAAGGAUGAUCAAGAGAAAUAUUCACAUAAGUUCAGUGAAGAAGCCAAGCAUCUGUGUCAGCAGCUUUUAAAAAAGUCUCCAAAACAAAGGCUUGGAUGUCACAGCAGCAGAAUGGGGGCACGUGAAGUGAAACAUCAUGAAUUCUUCAAGUGCCUGAACUGGAAAAGACUGGAAGCUGGAAUCCAGGAACCCCCCUUUAUUCCAGAUCCACAUGCCGUGUAUGCAAAAGAUGUGCUGGAUAUCGAACAGUUCUCGACUGUGAAGGGUGUUAACCUCGAUGCCACGGACGAUACCUUCUAUAGCAAGUUUAACACGGGGUCUGUGUCCAUCCCUUGGCAGCAAGAGAUGAUUGAGACAGAAUGUUUUAAAGAACUUAAUGUCUUUGGACCCAAUAAUACCCCAACGAUAGACUUAAUUGUUGAUGCCAUCCCGGAACCAGAGAAGAAAGGAUGCUUUCCUUUUAGAAGAAAGAAGAAGCAGAGCGCUCGCAUGCGUCCAGUUCCAAUUGCGGAGCAGUACUUGAAACAGGGUUUGACAUAUCGAGAUGAGGCACAGACAUGGUGACAGCCAGCAAACACCGUUU